AUGCUUGUAAUGAAUGCGCCCCCUUCAACUAUUCGUAGAUCAAGCACAUCUCAAACAUUACAACUUCAUCGUACUAGUACUCGGAAUCGUGCUGUAUCUAUUGAUACUCCCACAUUCAGUGCUAACUAUGCCGGCUAUUCUCAACCACAGAAUAACUAUGCCUUUUCGGGACCAGAGUGUUCGAGCCUUGCAUACUAUCAUCAGGAUUCCAUGUCGGUGCCCUACGGAUACGGCGGCUCCAGCUCGGGGCACAAAGGCGUAUACUCAAACACUGACGAGGAAACUCUGGUUGAGUCAGUAACAAGUUUUGAUACCAUUCAUCCCACUCUUGGCCUUCAUCCAGAACAUGGGGUAGAAACCUCAUUUCACAGCAACGGCCGGGUAUCUAUGGCAUUCGGUCAUAGAUUUGACAAACCUCUGCCUGAUAUCUAUAGAGUGCCCGUGGAGGAGGUUGGGAUUGACGAGACAGGAUUUGCUCGUGCGCCUCCAAUGAAUGUGAAUAUCAUGAUCGUCGGAAGUCGAGGAGAUGUACAACCAUACUUGGCUCUUGGCCAACGGCUCCAGAAGUACGGCCAUACCGUUCGUCUUGCAACUCAUGAAACCUUUCGUAAACUCGUAAAAGAUGCGGGGCUGCGAUUCUUCAACAUUGGUGGCGAUCCCCAUGAAUUAAUGAGCUACAUGGUCCGCAAUCCUGGUCUCAUCCCAGGUUUCAAAAGCAUAACGAAUGGAGAUAUAGGAAAGAAGCAAAAGAUGGUGGCAGAGAUUCUGGAGGGGUGCUAUUUAUCGUGUAUUGAGCCUGACGAUGAUACGAAGACCAUAUUCGUCGCAGACGCAAUUAUUUCAAACCCACCUACAUUUGCUCACAUACAUUGUGCUGAAGCACUAGGAAUUCCGUUGCUUUUGUCCUUUACAAUGCCGUGGUGUCCGACCGCGGCCUUCCCACAUCCUCUGGUCAAUGUGUUGCAGAAUGGGAGCACUGAUGCCAAUAUCCUGAAUUAUUACUCUUACGGUUUGGUAGAUUUAAUGACAUGGCAAGGAUUUGGUUCGAUCGUUUUGGAAGAUCCCAAGAGGAUAACUGGAACUAUUCUUACUGGAGUCGCCCAAGCUGGAGUACGAGCAAUCAUCUCUCCAGGCUGGGGAGGUUUAGACGAGGAAAUGAUUAAAUCCGCUGGCCCCCAUGUGUUCGCUCUUGGGAACGUACCCCACGAUUGGCUCUUUCAGUACGUCAGUGCAGUGUGUCACCAUGGAGGAGCAGGAACUACUGCGGCGGGCUUAAAAUGUGGGAAACCGACGAUUAUUGUUCCCUUUUUUGGCGAUCAGCCUUGGUGGGCUACCCAGAUCGCAUCGCGGGGAGCUGGGCCGCCACCUCUGGACCACAAAACACUCACGCCAGAGAUGUUUGCUUCUGCUAUUCGGAUCGCAUUGUCCCCCUCUUCACUUGGUGCAGCAAAGCAGGUUGGAAAGAUGAUCAUGCGCGAAGAUGGAGCUGGAAAGGGUGUAGAAUCGUUUCAUCGUCAUUUGCCUUUACUCGACAUGAAAUGCGAUCUAACGCCCAACCGGGUGGCAGUUUGGUACUCGGCCAAAUACAACCUGCGCUUAAGUGCUUUCGCCGCUCAAGUUUUGGCACAAUCAAAACAUCUUAAACUAAAGAAACUAAAGCUGUAUCGUUCGAGGGAGUACAACCCUUAUGUCGAGGCUGUUGACCCAGUGACGGGAACUCUGAUCCCUGCUCUGAGGUCUCUUAAUGAUAUCGGAAGGGGCAUAGUAAAAGUUCCGACUAGACCGGGGAGAGGGAUCGCGCAAGUUACUCGGGCAAGCGCACGAGGUAUCCAGGGGACUCUCCAAGGCGCAGCCGAGGGUGUGUCUAAUAUGCCGAGACUAUAUGGGAGCGAGGUGCGAGAGCAUAAAAAGGUCACUGGUCUGGGAUCUGGGAUCGCUCAGGGGACCAAGGGGCUUGUACUAGGAAUAUAUGAUGGGGUAAGCGAUUUUGUCACGGAGCCUAUAAAGGGGCUUAAAAAUGAUGGAUUCUAUGGCGCUGUUGGGGGACUGGGAGUGGGCACAUUGAAUCUUGUCGCCAAGCCCGUUGGAGGUGCGCUUCAAUUUGUUUCUAUGCCUAUAGAAGGCACAGCGAGAUCGCUGUCUCAUAAGGAAAUCGGAAAGGAGAGGAUUGUCGCAAGACGGGCGGAAGGGAUCGUAGCAUCGGAGCGUGCCUCGUUACAAGAACAAUAUGCGGUGAUCGAAGCAUUUGUGGAGUACAAGGCUAAAAGGAAGGGGGAUAAGAAGGGCAAAGGUAAAAUGAAAGCCUGA